GUGCACGACUUUCCUGGCAACUCCAGCGUCUCUCUCUCUCUCUCUCUCUGCUGCUGCUGCGCUUGGAGAUCUUCGUGUCUGGGACCAGACUGAGGAGAGGAGCCCUGCAGAGAGAGACAGGGUGCAGCUUUUAGUUUGUCAGAGGAGGAGGCAGAGCUGCCUGCUGUCGUGGUCUCUCCCGCCCCUGGGUGGCUGAGGGCUGGCUCUUUUUGGUGACAGGAAACGCAGGGCUUGCGAUGAGAGCUGAGCGCUGAGUGGAGUAUGCUGCAGACGAUUUACGAGGGCGAGUCAAGUUUCUCCACAACAGAGAGGCGCGUUGGACACCAGCAGCUCUCCAGCCACAGCAAGAUGCACAACGUGAACAACUCAGUGGAUAUUAAGCCAGACGUACCCUUGGCUGCAGAGCCCUUAUCCCCUUUAGACCUGCGCACAGAUUUGAGGAUGCUGGGGGCAGGCUCGGACCCCGGGAUGUGGGAGAGGCAGCUGCAGCAGGAGCUGUUUCUCAUUCAGAAACAGCAGCAAAUCCAGAAGCAGUUACUCAUCAGCGAGUUCCAAAAACAGCACGAGAAGCUGACCCGUCAGCACCAGGCUCAGCUCCAGGAACAUCUCAAGCUUCAGCAAGAGCUGCAGGUCAUGAAGCAGCAGCAGGAACUUGCAGAGAAGGAGCGCCGUUUGGAGCAGCAGCAGCAACAACAAAACCAGCAGGAAAAAGAGCAGGAGAAACAUCGACGAGAUCAGCACGUCUCCAGCCUGAGCCUCAGGGCCAAAGAGCGCUCCCGAGAGAGUUUCACAGGUGCGGUGGCCAGCACAGAGGUGAAGCAGAAACUCCAAGAGUUUCUGCUCAACAAGUCAGCGAAGGAUCCUAUCAGCAACGGAGCUAAUCAUUCGUUUAUCCACCACCCCAAACUCUGGUACACGUCUUCUCACCACACGUCGUUAGAUCAAAGCUCUUCACCUCUGGGAGGAACGUCACCCACCUGCCAGUACACUCUGCCAUCACCUGUAGAGAGCAAGGAUGACUUCCCCUUGAGGAAAACAGCCUCUGAGCCCAACCUAAAGAUACGAUCCAGACUGAAGCAGAAAGUGGCAGAAAGGAGAAGCAGCCCGAUGCUAAAGAGAAGAGAAGGAAACAUUAUGACUCCGUACAAGAAGCGGGCUCUGGAGCUCAUGGAUUCUGCUCCAACCAACAGUGCCCCCGGCUCUGGCCCCAGCUCCCCCAUAGGGGCCUCCAGUGCCUUGGGGGCUGAAAAUGGACCCUCCUCUCUGCCCACUACUACAAAAACUGAGAGAUGGCCUUCCCAGCCAAGAUUAUUUCGACCCGAGGACUCCGUGUCCAUGCUGAGCUUAUACACAUCGCCGUCUUUACCCAACAUCUCCUUCGGACUUUCAACUGCAUCUGCACCAAUUAGUACUGCCAUGGGGUUAAAAGACAGAUCAACAGAAGUCAAACAUGGCUUGCCUGGGCACCUGCUGGGCCCUGUGCCCCUUCCAACCAGCCUGGAGUCCAAGGUGAGCCCCAGUCAUCAGGCUCUCCUGCAACACCUCCUUCAAAAGGAACAAAUAAGGCAGCAGAAGAUGAUCUCCUCUGGUCAAGGCUCUGUGCCGUCCCACCCUCAUUCUCCGCUGGCCAUGAAGGAUCGUUCCACCAGCAGUCGUCCUAAGCUACCAAAACACCGACCCUUGAACAGAACCCAGUCGGCGCCUCUGCCUCAGAACACGCUGGCCCAACUUGUCAUCCAGCAGCAACACCAGCACUUCCUGGAGAAACAGAAACAGUAUCAGCAGCAGGUCCACAUAAAUAAGCUGUUGUCCAAGUCCAUCGAGCAGCUACGUCAGCCCAACGCACACCUGCAAGAGUCAGAGGAGGAGCAGGAGGAGCAGCAGAAAGAGGAGAUGGAGAGCAUGCAGGAGGACAGGCUGCCCCCUGCAGGAGUCAUCCGGAUGCACACGUUCAGCAGCAGCAGCAGCAGCAGCGGGGGCUCGAGCAGCGAGCUCCCAGAUGCUCACUGUGGGGUCAUCAAGGUGAAGGAAGAGCCAGCUGAUAGCGAGGACGAGGCUCUGACCAAUCAGCGCUUGGAGACUGAGCCGAACACCUAUCUGCACCAGGUCAAAGGGAGACUGGUGAUAAGAGCCAUGAUCUGAGGAGGGUUCAAACAUCCCAAAUGACCCCCCCCCCCCCCCCACACACACACAUCAGAACUGAUCCAUUAGGCCAGCCAACACCCUCAGUUCACCUCUUCAGACUUUCUGUUUGUGAUCUUUGUGUAGUGAUCUCUGUAUAAAAUGUUUCUUUUGUGUACAUAUUUAAAAAAACAAAACCAUUAGGUCAUUCAUUUUAGGAGCUGCUACUGUAUGUUUCUUUGAGUCUGCUGAACUGAAAACAAAAAGGAAAGGAAAACAUGUAUGUACAUAUUCUGUGACUUUAGCAUCAAAAAGGGUUUCUAGAGGGAAGCUAUAGCAGGCGUACAACUUUGAUGACCCUCCUCAUGUUCCCACU